AUGCCUCAUUCUCCCGCGAGUUCGGUGGACUCUCGAAUCCUUGACAUUGACACCGCCCCCAGCUCUACCAGUGCUCCAGAUACGUCCUGGAAGCCUGCCGGAACUACGGCAUCUAAGACACAGAUCGAGGAUGAGCCUUUCAUGUCCCCAGCCUUAUCCGGGUUUACCUUCAACCUCGACCCUGAACCGACAUCGCCUUCGUCAUAUCUACCCAAUUCCGACAUCACUCCGCUACCUGACCUUUCGCUGAUCUCCUUCGCGGACACAUUUUCUUUCGCAGAUCAAAAGCAUCCGCAUGCGUUAUCUCGUCCAUUAACAAAGGGUAUACAAGGCCCGAAUACCAUGGCCGAGGACAGCGCAUUAAGCCGCUCAGAAAGCGCAUCGAAAAGGCUCAAUUACUUCGACAGUGCGUUCUCAAACUCCAGCAACGCAAAAGAAGGAGCAAGAGAGCGAAUCCAGCACGAUUCGCCCAUUGUUGCUGAGUUGAGAACCAAUGUGAUCAUCAAAAACGAAUAUGCGAUUGUCACUUCACUUUCGCAACAUCUUAGCGAACGAUUCAGACGGCCAGAAUCUGCAAUAUUGCUGACAGUCACACACAGCGCCUGUCUGAUGAUGGGUGGUUCCUUCGAGCCGGCAUACAUUUUGGACAUCACUGCCAUACCAAGCGAGGUUCAACCCAACACGAACAAGAGAAACGCGUAUUUGAUACAGUGUUUCAUAGCUGAUGUGAUGCAUGUACCCAGUAACAGAGGCGUAGUACGAUUCCUAGGACUUGGAGAAGAACAUCUAGCAAUCAACGGAAGCACCGUGGCGGGUGAGAUUGAGCGAGCUGAAAGAGACGCAGCAACUGUCGAUUGCAAGGAAGAGAGAACAAACGGACUCGUGAGAUCACUUACUAGCAAAUCUUCGAGGAAAAGCAUGAUCGGCGAGAAAAGAAAGAGUAUGGCAGCGGCCGACAACCGGAAAAGUAUCAUCCGUACGGCAGAGAAGAAGGAGUCGAGUAGCGAAAAGACUGAAAAUGUAUUUCACACCCUCGAGCGCAAGUUCUCGACGCGUAGUUUGCGCUCGGCGAAGUCUCUCAAGGACAAAAUAUCUCCGCCAAUUCCUAUAGAAUUUCCAUCCGAGCUUCUCCCGUCGCCAACUUCUAUCUCAGGCUUCUCAACAGCUUCCUCGAAAAACCAAAUCCCGAAUUUACCAAAUCUACAUCGGCUUUCCUCGCCAAAUGGAAUUAGCGGUUCCUCAAGCAAAGAUUCGGUUCCUGCGAAUUUGAACAAAGACCUUUCUCUUCCUUCCCCACUAUCCUCGAACCCGCCGCCCAUGCCUGUUCCGCCGUUUGCAACGCCAAGCGAACGAGCAGGCAGCGAGAAAGAUCCCAUCGUGACAAGUUCGUCAAGGCGGCCAAGCGUAAGCGCAAGACCUCAAAGCGCUAGAAAGAAUCUGAGCAAUAUAACUGGUCCAGCCGAAGCGAUUCCAAGUCCACCACCGAUACCACCGGAACUUGACAAGCCGAUUUUGAGCCCCCGGCUAAGCAAGCGGAAGAGCUUUGUGGCUUUGUUCAAGAAAAACGAUGGGAUCAGGACGUGA